GGAUGGGGUAGCAGACAUGUUGCUAUCCUCAAAAAGUACCUCCUGAGUCAUAACACCAUGUGAACCCUAGUUACGAUGCAGGGCACAGUGGGUCAGCGCAGCAGGACUACUGUGGCCUACAUUGUUCCAGUAGUUGGAAUAUGUGCUGCUGCUUUCCUUCUUACCAAUAUCUUCAUUUACCUCUAUCUGGACUCUGUGUAUCAGCCUGGUUUGCAGCAAGUUUCACCUCUGGUGGGCUGUGUGCCUCAACACUUUAAAAUGCCAACCAUGAAAGACUGCACCGCCUGGCUCCAGUGUUUACAAAUAAAUGCUGAAGUACACGAGCUGAAGCUGAUUGACCAGGGAGCAGUGAAGAAGGUUUAUUUGGCAGAGUGGAGAGGCCAGAAGGUAGCUCUGUCAAGGCUAUCAUCUCUCAAUUACUUGGAGGAUUUUCUCCAUGGAUUGUCAAUGUUACAGGCCCUGCAGAGCCCCCAGGUGGUUCAAUUGGUGGGGUUUUGCCUUGAAGAGCACAUCAUUUUGACAGAACACCACCCGUUUGGCUCAUUGCUUAAUCUGGAUGAUGUUCUUGAAAAAAAGCAUUACCAGCAACACAACAAUUGGGAGAUGCGGCUGAGGCUAGCUAUAGAUUACGUCACCAUCCUCCAUUACCUUCAUAACAGCCCAGUUGGGCGACGAGUUAUGUGCGAUUCAAACAGCCUUGAGAAAACUCUGUCCCAAUUUCUACUGACAAAUGACUUUCAUCUAGUAGUGAAUGACCUUGAUGCACUUCCUGAAGUGGAUAUGUCCAGAAACUUGUCAGUGAAAUGUGGCCAUCGGGAGCUCACUGGAGAUUUUGUUGCCCCAGAGCAGCUAUGGCCAUUCAGAAACAAUAGAAAGCCAUUUUCAGACAAUCUCAUGCCAGAGUAUGAUGAGAAGACCGAUAUUUGGAAGAUCCCAGAUGUGACGUGGUUCCUUAUGGGAAAGGUACCUGGUGGGGAUUUAGUCCAUUUCCAUCUUUUUCAGAUCCAUGAGAAGUGCAAGAAGAAGGAUCCCACCGACCGCCCUUCAGCUUUUGAUGUUUUGAAGGUUUACAAAUCAGUCUACAGCAGCAUGGUACGAGACAGUGCUGGGUUUAGAGAUAUGCUGUAGAGCAGCAGUCCCAAACCCCUGCCACAUUGAUCAACAUCCAAUGAUCAAAGACCCGGACCAAUGACUUUACCUUUUUCACAUAAAUAGCCUCCUUGACUCCACACUCAAACCAGUGUGUCUCACUAUCCAGGAUGUGUAAGUGCUAUGUCCAGAUGAACAGAUAAGAUGUGGUCCCAAAUGGAGCUAUUUUAUUUCAUUUUAGUUAUUUACAUAUACUAAUGGCAAGGAUCCAGUUUGAUUAUAAAUAGAUUUAUUAGAGGUUGAAUUAGUCUGCUACAGUGGAUCAUAAUGGCUUGUCAGUGGCUUUAUCAGUGAACAAGACAUUGUUUUAAUUUUUUUUUAUGCUUCUUACCCUGAAAACAAUCUAAUAAGUAGCCUUUUUUUUUUUUACAGAGAAAAGAGCAGUUAAUUAUACAGAACAACCAACAAUCUGCAGCCUACCUGGGUCUCACUUGCUGUUCGUUUAAAUUAGCAGUUUAGAAUGUUUAGAAUAAAUGGUAGAUCACAAAAAGUUAGGAUAAACCUGCUCUUUACAUUUCCCAUUGUUUAGAUAUUUUUCCCCUUUGGUUGAUAUUUUAAAUCCCAUAUGGACCAAGGUUUGUUACCUGGUUCUAAAAACGAAUAGAAAAUAGAAAAUGCAAUGUUUGAUUUCUCGUGAUUUGAACUGUUCUGUUUUCUUAUUCCACCUUAUGGCUGGAAUAGUAUAAUGUUCAGACAUUAUUUAUUUAUUUGUAACCGCAUCAAAGACAUAUACAUUAAAUAUUGAAAUUCAA